AUGUAUGAGAAGGGAAUGCAAUCAAUGAGGAUGAACUAUUAUCCACCAUACCCUAAACCUGAGUUGGUAACUGGGCUGGGGACUCACUCAGAUGGCAGUGCAAUUACCAUAGUUCAUCAAGUUGAUGGAGUUGAUGGAUUGCAAGUCAAACAGGAUGGUGUUUGGAUCCCAGUAGAGUUCAUUCCUAAUGCAUUUGUUGUGAACAUUGGAGAUAUUCUUGAGAUUUGGAGCAAUGGUGUUUACAAAAGCCCAGAACACAAAGUAACAGUGAAUGAACAUACAAGUAGGAUUUCCAUUGGAGUGUUUUUCAUGCCAAAACAAGAAGCAGAAAUAGGACCAGCUCAUUCCUUAAUAAACUCUACAAAUCCUGCACUAUUCACAAGUGUCACAAUGGACAAGUACCUCAAAGAGUUUUUCUCAAGGAAAUUAGCAGUCAAAACUUAUUUGGACCACAUGAAGAUUAACAAAUUCUAG